AGGAAAUCCCGGGCAGCUGCCGCGGGAGCCCGCUCGCCUCUUCUUCCCUCGCCUCUCCUCCUCGCCUUGCUGGGCCGCCGCGCCGAGGCGAGCUGAGCCAGCCCUGCGUGUGUGUGCAUGCGUGGGCGGGGGGGCUGCUGCAUGGAUUUAGCGAAGGCUGGGAGGGAACACAUGGGUUGGGUUUUUUUUUCUUGGCCCGCAGCGGCUGUCCGUCCUGCCGGCCGCGGUUAUGGAUUCGAUCAUUAUUCAGGAGCGGUUAGUGGAGCGGCUGCUUUCUCCCCGGACGCAGGCACAGCGAAGCCACCCGGCCAAGCUGAAGGACCACGAGAAGCAGUAUGUGGGCUUUGCCACUCUGCCGAACCAGGUCCACCGGAAAUCCGUGAAGAAGGGUUUUGACUUCACCCUGAUGGUCGCAGGAGAGUCGGGUCUGGGCAAAUCCACGCUGGUGAAUAGCCUGUUCCUGACAGACCUCUACAAAGACAGAAAGCUCCUCAAUGCAGAGGAGAGAAUCAACCAGACAGUGGAGAUCGUCAAGCACACGGUGGACAUUGAGGAGAAGGGUGUCAAGCUGAAGCUGACCAUAGUGGACACACCAGGCUUUGGAGAUGCUGUUAACAACACUGAGUGCUGGAAGCCCAUCACUGACUACAUCGACCAGCAGUUUGAACAGUAUUUCCGUGAUGAGAGCGGCCUGAACCGGAAGAACAUCCAGGACAACCGAGUGCAUUGCUGCCUCUACUUCAUCUCACCCUUCGGGCACGGGCUGAGGCCUGUGGAUGUCGAGUUCAUGAAGGCUCUGCAUGAGAAGGUCAACAUUGUGCCCCUGAUUGCCAAAGCUGACUGCCUGAUCCCCUCCGAGAUCCGGAAGCUAAAAGAGAGGAUCCGGGAAGAGAUUGACAAAUUUGGCAUUAAAGUGUACCAGUUUCCUGAGUGUGACUCUGAUGAAGAUGAGGAGUUCAAGCAGCAAGACAGAGAGCUGAAGGAGAGCGCUCCCUUUGCCGUCAUCGGCAGUAACACUGUGGUGGAGGCGAAAGGCCAGCGAGUCCGUGGACGGCUCUACCCCUGGGGCAUUGUGGAAGUGGAAAACCAGGCACACUGCGACUUUGUGAAGCUGCGGAACAUGCUGAUCCGGACACACAUGCACGACCUGAAGGACGUCACUUGUGAUGUCCACUAUGAGAACUACCGAGCUCAGUGCAUCCAGCAAAUGACCAGCAAGCUGACUCAGGACAACAGGAUAGAAAGUCCAAUUCCUAUCCUGCCUCUCCCAACACCGGACACCGAGACAGAGAAGCUGAUCAAAAUGAAGGAUGAGGAGUUACGGCGGAUGCAAGAGAUGCUGCAGAAGAUGCAGCAGCAGAUGCAGGAUCAGUGAGAGGCAGGUACUCGGAGGGCAGAGGGAAUCCCCCAGUGACCAUCUGAGGCCUGGCAAGAGCUGUGGACGUUUAGAAAAGGUUUCCUGUUGUAUAGAGACUUGUGGGCAAGAGCUGUACCCGCACCCUCUAAUUUAUUAGCAGCAAUGCUGGCUUUGCGGUCCAGCUGGAUUGUGGAGGAGGCUGUUCACUUAACAGUUUACUGAUGUGUAUUUCUUUUAUAAUAAGUAUUUUUUCUUUUCUUUUUUCUUUUUUUUAAAAAAAAAAAAAAAAGAAAGUAGCCUGGGAAGUCUCUAAGGCAUCCUAAAAAA